AUGAACGACACAGUAGACAAGCUAGUGAUCUUCCUGGCUAAGAGAGAUGGCAUCGACAAGCUUGUCAAAACCUUCCAAUACGUGUCCAAGCUCGUCCACUGGCACGUAGAGAAAACGCACCCUGACUACGCCGCUCGGGCCAAGCAAUGGGAGGUGGCCUCCGGCCUCAGCCGGAAAGCCUUCCGCUCCGGCCGGUUCCUCGCGGGAUUCAACACCCUCCGGCGGUCCCCUGGCCCCACUCCCGUUUUCCGGCUGCUUGCCAUGCUGUCGAAUGGGGGCGAAAUGGUCUAUUUCUUCUUCGACCACUUGCUCUGGCUGUCGAGGGUCGGGGUCCUCGACGCCAGGCUGGCAAAGAGGAUGAGCUUCAUAUCGGCUUUCGGGGAGUCCGUGGGAUACGUGUUCUUCGUGAUAUCCGAUUUUAUUCUCAUUCGGGAUGGGAUUAAUGCGGAGAGGCAGAUUGCGGGGUCCUCCUCCACGGGUGAGGUGUCGGAAGAUGAUAGGGAGAGAUUGGGGAGGAUUAGGGUGGAUAGGGUGAUGAGGCUGAUGGCCGUGGCGGCUAAUUUGGCCGAUCUGAUUAUCGCGGUGGCUGAGAUUGAGCCCAACCCUUUCUGCUGCCAUGCUGUGACGUUGGGGAUUAGUGGGCUGGUUUCUGCAUGGGCUGGAUGGUACAGAAAUUGGCCGUUGUAA